AAUCGUGGGCUACAAGAAAGAGAGAGCGCGGUGUUGGAAACGCGCUUUAUACGUCGGUCCCCCCUUCGUGAGGUUCGUUUCCCCGCUCCUCUCCACUUCCACGCCGACUUCAAAUUAAACCUAAAAAUUCACAAAAAGUCCCCCUUCCGUUUCCCCGGCCGCAUCUUCGCCUCGCCGCGUCGUCUUCCACCCGCCGAUCGCCGCAUCGCAACCAGAAUCGAUCCCUUUUGGAUCCGCCGAUCGCCGUCGCUGCAAACUACGUCAGCUUCGCCGGCCUAGGAUUCCCGUCUGCUCGCCUUCCAAGAUCUAGGGUUUCUUAUGCCCGUCCGCUGGAAGCGCGCAACUGAUAGCAUCGCUAGGUUUCGAUGUCGAACGAGGACAAAGCCGCCGCCGCCGCCGCAGUCGAGAUCCGUGACGUUUGGGCCGACAACCUGGACGCCGAGAUCGCUAUGAUCCGCGAGAUCGUCGACGACUUCCCCUUCGUUGCCAUGGACACGGAGUUCCCUGGCAUCGCCAUCCGCCCCCUUGGCGUCUUCAAGUGCUUCGCUGACAGUAACUACCAUGUCCUCCGGGCCAACGUCGACCUCCUGCACCUGAUCCAGCUCGGCCUUACCUUUACCAAUGGUGCGGGGUUACUCCCUACCUCCUCCUGGGGGCGCCCUAUCGUCUGGCAGUUUAACUUCAGGGAAUUUGAUGUGGAGAACGAUAUCAGCAACCCUGAAUCCAUCGAGCUCUUGACCAAGUCGGGCAUUGAUUUCAUCAAGAACCGGGAGUUUGGGGUCGACGCCAAGCGCUUCGCUGAGCUCCUCAUGUCGUCUGGCGUUGUCCUCAAUCAUUCUGUUAGCUGGGUGACUUUUCAUUGUCCUUAUGACUUUGGUUACCUCCUAAAGAUCCUAACCUGCAGAAUGCUGCCUGAGACUCGAGAGGAGUUCCAUCAACUCGUCAAGAUUUUCUUCCCUGUCCUAUAUGACAUCAAGCAUCUUAUGAGGUUUUCAAACUACCUCCAUGGAGGGCUUAACAAGCUUGCUGAACAAUUGGCAGUCGAAAGGAUAGGUAUCUCUCAUCAAGCUGGUUCAGAUAGUUUGCUUACUGCUCGGGUAUUCCAAAAGCUUAGAGAGACAUACUUCAAUGGGGCAAUUGAGGGAUACUCGGGGGUCAUGUAUGGGCUUGAUACUGAUUGAAGGUUGAAUGGUCUGUGAUGCUAGUUAUCAGAUUUCAUUGAAUUUGAAACAGGGAAAAUAAAAAAAAAUGAUUUGAGUAUAAACUUAUGUGCCUGUGUUGCUCCUCCA